AUGCGUCUCAAAGGCAUUUUCUUAGUCCUCGCCGGGCUAUCGGCCUGUCCAGGUCUCAAUGGGCAAACCGUUCAAUGUAUCACUGUCGGUGAUGGUUGCGAUUCCAGUAGCCUUCAUGAAGAAGCUGUCAUCAAUGCCAUUAAUAGGUUUCAAACCGGCCUAUUCUAUGGCGGUGGCAACGAGCCCGUCAUUUUCUCUUCUGCCCUUAAAUCUGGGGACAGCGCUCUUGCUAUGAUUUCAUAUACCUGCAAUGACGGAACACCACCACCUAAAUUGGAGGGUUCUGCUAUUAGAGGUAACUUUCGAAAGAUACUCUCGUGCGCAAAUCGAUGCGGCGGGGUUGCUUCUUCUACGAAUAGCAAUUGUGGCUUUGGUAUUUUAAUAUCUAAUAGAGCUACGAGUACGGAUUGCUUUUCUAAGGCCAUUAAUCAAGUCCCACAAGGGACAACGAGCACUACGACUACUAGUCGGACGACAACAACUACGACGGGCGCAGCAACCCCAACUAUUAACGCCGGCACAAAUGGAUUCACAUACUAUGGUUGCUAUUCUGAUGAUGUGAAUUCGAGGGUCCUAAGUAAUCAAUACGUCGAUGCUAACGACAUGACAAUCGCUGCAUGCAUGGCUAGAGCCGCUGGUUAUAAUUUCGCUGGUGUGGAAUACGGCCAGGAAUGUUGGUACGGAAAUACUCUAAGCGGCAGUCAGAGUGAGUCCAGCGGCUGUAACAUGCCAUGUCCUGGGAAAGCAAACGAAUUAUGUGGUGGUGGUAAUAGAAUCCAGCUAUAUAAAAAUCCUUCGUUUCAACCUCCAAACACUCCAAACCUGGGGGCAUGGACGUCUAACGGUUGCUACACCGAUAGUGUAGAGUCAAGAGGUUUGGACCACAGUAGCACUGACUCUGCAAUGACCAUCCAAAAAUGUUUGCAGCUUGCCUCGGGCUUCAAGUACGCCGCAGUGCAGUACCACAAUGAAUGUUUCUGGGGCAACGCCUUGAAGAGCUCCUCUGCGCCAGCAGCUUCAGGAGAUUGUAAUGCUGCGUGUGCGGGAGACAAUUCUCAAAUAUGUGGUGGUGGAAACCGGCUCUCCCUCUAUACCAAUGGAGACUAUCAUGAACCACAAGAACCAACAGAACCGGACUUACCGAGUGUUCACGAAGGUAAUGAUGCCUGGUCACUCGUCGGUUGCAGAACCGAUAGUGCGAGUAGCCGAGCUCUCGAUAACUCCAAAGUGGAUAGUGCUAUGACGGUUGAAAAGUGUUUCGAACUCGCCUUCAGUUACAGAUAUGCUGCAGUACAAGGUGGUAACACCUGCUACUGGGGCGAUGAGCUUGGAAGCUCUAAUCAAGAUGCAAACAUUGACCAGUGCAAUACCCCCUGUGCGGGCAAAUCUGACCAAGCUUGCGGUGGAUCUUUGAAAAAUGCCCUGUACUCGAAUACCGAUUUCGACGAUAUCGAUGUACCUGGGAUGAUUGCUUUGAUGGAGGAGCUCUAUCAAGGUGAAAGGCUAAUGGAACGUAACUUGGCGGAAUAUGAAAGUCAAAGGCUACAAGCAGAGGAUGAAAGUCAGCAGGGUGGAAACAAGCAUAAGAGGUUCAUACCCAUCGCAUGGGUAGCUCGACUUGCUGGCAGCUGGGUACAGGCUAGGCUAAGGACGGAGAGAGUUCUCGGUGUUAAUAUACGCUUCCAAGCAAGGAUGCAACAGGCUCGGAGAAAAAUCGGAGCCUAUCUCGAUAGAUAUCUCCUGAAUCGGCCACAAGCACCACAACAAUUCGAAAUGCAAGCGCUGGUUCCAGCACAAAGGCAAGGUGCAGUUAUCGCCCAGCGAGGAGGUGAAAUUUUGGCUAUAGAUGCAACAACGGCUGGGCAAGGAAUAGCAGCAGGCGUUCUGGUAAAUGCGGUUGCGAAAGCUGCUGUCGACCUAUACAGCGUAAUAACUUGGCACCGGGACAUCCAAACAUAUGGUGGGCCGGCGGGUCCCGUUCAGCCGACUGAUCCGCCAGAUGAUGACCCAGAUGAUGACCCAGAUGGUCCACAAGACCCCGAGGCGCUAGAGCCUUGCCCGUGUGGCUUGGGCGGCUGCAUUAAUCCCGGUCUAAAAUUGGCUAGAUCGGAACCCAUGCAAUCAGCACCCAAACGACUCGAAAAGCGCAUAGCCGGUACUCUCUAUAGACUGAGCUUGUGCCCAGCCUUGACCUAUACAACAUUGGAUUAUCCAUCCUCGUCAGAAUUUAUUGCAAUCUACACCAACAUGAUUAACAACGGUCUGGCCCAAACUAUACCUUACUACGAUUUGGCUUUCUGGACACCCCAGGGACAGACCCAGUGUUGGUGGUAUAUCGAUGAGUUCCCAGCACCGCAACUUAAAUAUCCAGGAUUACCAGCUGCAGGCGCAGCCUCCUACCAAACUGAACAUCCUUUUGAAAACAAUUUCUUGAAAGGCUUCUUUGAUCGGAUGCGCCAAAUUGGGUGCGCCCCCUGCGCCGCCGAUGUGAACGGUCCUGGUCUUGCAGAAAUGUUUUUCAGAACAAACAACGUACAAAACUCCAGAUACAAUCAGAACACUGGUGAAGAUUUCUCGAGGUGGAUGGUCGGCCAUAUGUCUUUUUACAACAUAGCUGUGGGCCAUGGGUUCCUGGAAGACUUCGUACUCCUCGAAAAGCGUGCCAACAACGCCAAAAACAAAAUAUUAACUGGAACUACUAACCCUAACCAAUGGGGUGCUGGAUUAAGUUUGAACAGGUUCAUAGAGCAAAUCGCCAGAAUACAGGGCGUCUUCCAGUACCUCAACGAUCCAAUCGUCUCCGCGACAUGGGUUCGCGUUUUCAAUCGACUCGAAGCUGAAUUUGAUGCAUUUGAUCGUGAUCCUUAUGGAUCGCUUCACCCACCGAGAUCUACCCCGGGUUCCUUUUGUGAAGCAGAUGUCAAUAUCCCUGCAGGAUUUCCGGAUAGUUGGGCUUUCAGAUUCCAUAACUAUAUCUCCGCCAUUAUGAUUGACGUCGAAACAAAGAUGGCCCAAUGGUCUGUCAAUACGGCCUUCAACAUGCGACUUAGAAGAAAUCAGCUUUGGCCUCUUGCAACACCGAAUUCACCCGUUCCCUUGCCUAGGAUUCAGUUUGAUACAUGGCUGACUACCCAAGAAGCGGCGGGAGGUCUUUUAAACCCCGCCGCCUUUAAAUUCGACAGGGGCAGAUAUGCUAGAUUUCACCUACCUUGA